GACAAGGUGUCGGCUGAACUCUUUCCGGGUUUCGAGCAGCGCCGCGUGGUGACUCGCGCGGGCGAGGUCAAUCUGCGGCUGGGCGGCGAGGGGCCGCCACUGGUCCUGCUGCACGGCUAUCCCCAGACCCACGUCAUGUGGCAUCGCCUGGCGCCGGCCCUGGCCGAGCGCUUCACGGUGAUCUGCCCCGACCUACGCGGCUACGGCGACAGCGCCAAGCCGCCGGGCGGCGCGGGCCACGAGCUCUAUGCCAAGCGCGCGAUGGCCCGCGAGCUGGUCGAGGUGAUGGACAGCCUGGGCAUAGGGCGCUUCAACCUGGCCGGCCACGACCGCGGGGCGCGGGUGGCGCACCGCCUCUGCCUCGAUUUUCCCGAGCGGGUGCGGCGGGCCUGCGUGAUGGACAUCGCGCCGACCCUGACCAUGUACCGCCAGACCGACAUGGCCUUCGCCAACGCCUACUUCCACUGGUUCUUCCUGAUCCAGCCCUACGACCUGCCGGAGCGCAUGAUCGGCGCCGACCCGGCGGGCUGGCUGCGGCACUGCCUGGGCGCCUGGGGCAAGUCGGGGAUGGAGGUCUUCGAUCCGCGCGCGCUGGCCGAGUACGAGCGCUGCUUCGACCCCGCCGGCAUCCACGCCACCUGCGAGGACUACCGCGCCGCCGCCAGCAUCGACCUGGCGCACGACGAGGCCGAUGCGGCGGCGCGAAUCGACUGUCCGCUGCUGGUGCUGUGGGGGGACAAGGGCGUGGUGCAUCGCAGCUACGACGUGCUGGCGGUCUGGCGCGCCAAGGCGGAGACGGUGGAGGGCCGCGCGCUGCCCUGCGGCCACUUCGUGCCGGAGGAGGCGCCGGAGGAGACCCUGGCCGCGCUCCGGGCCUUCUUCUAG